AUGCUUUCCUUCCUUACUCUUCUUACCCUCGCUUGCUCACUUGCCCAUGGCUUGUACAUCCCCAACAACGGUUCUUCUGGCUCGAAGAACGCUGGUUCUGCUAAGAACAGCGGUUCCGAUUCAGUAGAAGCCACUGCUGUGUCUUUGACUUUUGAUGUCACCAAGAGAGACAGAGCUGCUGGCGACUUCUGGCCCAAGAUGGUGGAGGGCGUGGAAAAGCGUCAUUUCAAAAGAGACAAGGAAGUCUCUUUGACCAACUGGCAAGACGUGAUUUACCACAUUGACGUGAAUGUGGGUAACUCCAAGUGUACUGUUUCCUUGGACACCGGUUCCCUGGACUUCGGCGGCAAGAACACGGGCCAGAAGUUUGAAAUUUCGUACUUGGACUCGACUUCUUCUUCUGGUGACUACUACACUGAUUCGUUUGGUUUCAACGGCGAGAACUUGUUGAAGGACUUCCAGUUUGGUGUGGUUUCCCUGUCCAACGAUAACGGCUACGGUAUUUUGGGUAUUGCCGACAGAAACCAGGAGGCUUCGACCAGCAACGGUGGCUCUGAGUACGACAACUUGCCAUGGGCUUUGAAGAAGGCUGGUGUCAUUAAACUGGCUUCCUACUCCUUGUGGUUGAACGGUGGUGGCCUGAACCAGGGUACUAUCUUGUUUGGCGGUAAGGACGACUCCAAGUACAAGGGUGAGUUGACUACCUACCCUAUUGAUAAAGGCGGAUCUGGUUUGGCCAUUACCUUGGGCUCUAUGAGCAUCGACGGUAAGAGCUUCGAUGUUGGUAAGCCUGUGCUUUUGGACUCGGGUACCACUGGUGGUAUUCUUCCAACCGAAAUCAUGGACUACUUUGACCAGAUCUUCAAGCCAAACAAGGUCACUCCAUCCAACGGUCUUGUUGAGCGUUACAUUGACUGUGACCAGCCAACCGACAAGUUUAUCGAGUUUGACUUUGGCAAGAACAAGAUUAAGGCUUCCUACAAGGACGUUACCAUGAAGUUCGAGGAAGGCAAGUGUAUGUUGGGUUUCACCGACUACCAGGACCGUUACAUUUUGGGUGACGCUUUCUUGAGAAACGCCUAUGUCUACUAUGACCUUGACGCCCAGGAGAUCUCUCUUGCCCAGUCCCAGAACAGCGGUGGCUCUGGUGGUGACGACUCUGGCAGCGACCCAUCUCCAUCCAACAGCACCAGCUCCAACACUGGUGGUUCUGCUCCAACCUCUGGUGCUGUUCCUCUUCCUUCUGGAAACACUGGUGGUUCUUCUCCAACCAAGACUAACGGUGGCUCUCCAAGCUCCAAGACUACUGCUGGCGGUGCUCCAGGUACUGAUGCUGCUCCUACUGACUGGACAUACCCAGGCGCCAACCCAUCCCAGGGUGGUUCCUUCCCAGCUCCUACUGGCGGUAACACUGGUGGAAACGGUGGAAACAACGGUGGAAAUGGCGGUAACUCUGGCGGCAAUGGAGGCAGCGGCGGCAACGACUUGGGUGGUGACGACUUCAACUUUGAAGACUUUGACUUUGACGAGUUCACUGGUGAAUCUGGCUCUGUUCAAGCUGAAGCCCACGCCAACUCCCAUGCCGAGGCCAGUAAGCCAUUCCACAUUGCUGACACUCACGCUCUCGUUGAUACCCACGCCAAAGUCCAUGCUGUUGUCUAG